AUGGUCGACUCCACUAAAGUUAUCAACGUUAUCAUCGCUAUCAUCUUACCACCAUUAUCUGUCUUUUUAGCAAGAGGUGCCGGUAGAGAUCUAUUAAUCAACAUUGUGUUAUGUAUCUUUAUUUGGUUCCCAGCUAUUUUACACGCUGUUUACAUUGCGGUAUCAUCAUGA